AGCUACUCGGAAUAUUUCACAAAUUCACAAUCCAAAGUUCAAUCGAUUUUGCUAUUUCUAAUGCUCAUUUAUAUCUACACUCUUUUACUAUAAAAUUGUUUUAGAAACCGUGUAACCCAUCAACCUCUGGAACCACUGUAUAAUCUGUAAGUGGCGCAGCAUGAAGGACCUGGACGGCUCCCUGGAUACCCUGGAGAACGCCCGCUUCAACUACGUCUAUGUAAAGGCCAUUGCCAGGUUGGAAAGGAACUCCAUCUUCACACACAGCGAGCUGGUCAGCAUAGUGAUGCUCUACCACAAAUUCGUCCUGGUUAAUGGACCCAGAGCCAAGUACAUGACCAUCGCGCAACUCUCUAUGCUGAUGGAGCUUCUGUUCGAGAUUGAGGAUCGCGAACUGAGUGCUACCAUUGUGUACAGAAUGGCCCAUACCCCGGGUUCCAGGUCCUCGGAUUUCUUUCCGGACAGACAUGUGCACUUGGACUCCUUUGUGAGGCUGUUCACCAUCUACUUCACCAGGGAUCUGCAGAUGAAGAUGGAGUUUGCCUUUUCGAUCUACGAUAAGACCGAUUCCCAGCAGUUGAAUGGCGAGCAGGUGGGGUUCUUCGUUAAGAAGUUUUUCGACUGCGAGGACGAAGACGAGGCCGCCGAACUGCGAAUGGACAUGAAGGAAAUGCUCUUUCUUAAGUUCGACCUGGACAAGGAUACCAUUAUCUCGAUGGAGGAGUACUUCGAGGUGGUUCGCCAGCAGCCGGAGUUGCUCGAGUGUUUUGGCCGCGUCUUCCCCCCGAAUCCCCAAAUGGAAGUCCUUGCGCUUUGCGCCAAUGUCAUGUCCUGGUUCGAUGACUCGCCCAAUCCCAGGCUCAUGACCAGUCCUGAAACAGAAAAGCCAGAUAGCUAAUAGGCAUCUCAUAAACGGACCACAACUCAUAACCAAAACUAAAAUUGUAUAUCGUGUUGAUAAGGAAUUUAAAACACCAAUAAUAUGUAAUACAAAUUCUCAAACAAA